AUGAGGCAUGGCUAUGGGGCGCUGGAGGGCGACCGGCCGACGCGGAAGCGAACCGCGCAGGAGGUCCUGGAGUACGGCGUGCGCCAGGGCAGCGGCCUGCGGCGCCCGGUCCGCGAGAUGCCCACGGGCUUCCGCCCAGACCGCCUCACGGGAGCACAGACUCGGCCGCGGCUCAGCGUGGAGUACCACAAGGUGCUGCUGGAGCUGGUCAAGAAGUCCAAAGUGACUUGCAUGAAGUCUGACCUGACAAUCUUGAGGGAGAACCACCGCUUCCUCUGGGACGAGCCGCUGGACGGGAGCUCUUGGGAGAUGCGCAUGGCCAAGAGGUACUACGAUCGCCUCUUCAAAGAGUCAUUUGCGACUUGUCGGGCUACCGCAAGGGCGGCGUGGGGUUCCGCUGGCGCACCGAGAGUCGGAGGUGGUGCAGGGCCGGGGCCAGUUCACCUGCGGGCACAAGUUCUGCUCUGCCAGAGAUGA